UAUUUCACGUUCGUCAGAAAAUCUGUUCGUUCGUGGUUCCGUCGUCGUCGUUUCCUUUCGUGGUCGCGUUUCGCGGAUUAUAAUUAGAGCAAUUCGGGCAUAAUAGUGAUUUUCAAAUGCAUAAAUUACAGAUUAUCCCCUCUCAACUGAAAGUAUAUCAAAUUCUUAGCUAAACAGCCAACCAGCAUCACACGAAAAUUUACAGUUUCAGUUGAAUUGUGUGAAAACGGAAAGCUAGUGUGCAUUUUUCGUUUUGAAGUGAAGAAAAAGAAGUUAAUUGAAGAAAACCUUUUUCCAUAACGGGCAAAGCUUGUGUACUAGACCAGUGUGUGUGUAAUAAUAUAUCCAUCUCUUUCUGGUACACCUAAUUGAACCGGCUGAAUUUGGUGUUCACUAUAUUUGAUUCCGACAAAUAUUAAAAAAAAUAAUUGCAAAAAUAAGAAACAAGUGUGUUUGCCUAAAUUUUUUUCAAAAAUAAAAUACGAAUUAAUUGUUUGCAAUUAAUUUACUCGCAAUUUCGUAGUCGUAUUUAUGUUCCGGUUCGGAAUCUUCAAAUUAAUAAAAUUUGUGUGAAAAUACGAAGAAAACAUACUCCCCGCAAAAGAGACAACAACAAUAAAUAACAAGAGUAAAAGUGAAAGAACCACCUCAUUCUAAUUUAAAAGACAUAAGACAAGAUAGAACGGAAGAUUCUCACGCUCACGCGAGGCCGACUCGAUUGCCGACUGCCGUGCCGUCCGUUCUCGUGCCCGACACCGACGAUACGAUACGAAUCGAAGCCAGAGCCAGAGACGCUUUUUGUUUUGCAAUUUCUAAUAAUAAAUUUUACAAUUCUCUUGCGAGCAAUUAAAUGCGAUUAAGUGUCUUUUUGUGUUUGUUUUUAUAUUUUAUCAAAAAAGAAUAAACCGUUGCUAGGUGACACACAAUAAGGUGACUACAUUUUCAUAAGUGCUGUACUUGCUAUUUAUUUUGAUUCUGCAAAGCGGUACUUUCAUUAUUUAGCUGAAUAAAACAGCACAAGGAUUUAAUUGGGUGCUGUACUGUGCAGUGAAAAUUUAUUUUCUGUUUGGUGAAGAGCACAUGGCGGGUUUUUCGUUUUCAAUCUAAAAGAAUUUCAUCCAUCGGUAAAAAAAAAAGAAAAUCUUGUUUCUUGUGCAAACAUCGCAAACCGCAAUCCCACCCUUUUGCCUCGAGGCUGUGUCCGUUCCGUCGUACGUAUAAUUUAUCAUCUGCGCUGUGCUGUGUAAAUGUUAAAUAAAAAGUAAAACCCGGUUUUGUGGAAUUACCCAUCUCCAACUUCAAGUGCGGAAGAUCAAGACGAAAGAGGAAUUGGCAGAAAAAAUUCGUUACUUUGCUUAAAACAACAAUACGGAAAAGGAAGUACGGAUUACGAAUUGCAACAACAAAAGAGAGAGGUAUAAUAUUUUUUUGAAAUUUUGAAAUUGUUGUCAACGAAAAGAAGUAUACGCGGGCGUGUUUUUUAAACAAAAUAAAUAAAUUUUGUAUGCAUAACGAAGCUGGAAUUUGGCGAGAACGAGGAGGGAGGGCAGCAGUAGCUAGUGGUUGUUUUAAUUGGGUACAAAGUACCUAUGGAAUGGAGAUUGCUGCUGGAGGAUAUGUUUAUAUGAAUGGAGAUCCUGUAAAAAUAAAUCAACCCGUCACAACCACCGUUUAUGCAAAUGUUCCUGUUGAAACGGCAAUGUUAGCUACAAAUUUAUAUGGUCAAGCUACACAAUUGGCAGCCCCACCAGCAGCACAUAUACCCAUUCUAGCAGCGCCACAACAGCCGCCACAACCUCAACCACAGCCGCCUCAGCAGCCACAGCAACAAUUACAACAGCAACAACAACAUUCACAACCUCACAAUCAACAACAACAACAGCCCACAACGAUCGAAAACGAUUAUACAGUCAUGAACGGCACAAUGCAGGAAACUUUAGUUGGUUAUAGCCAAGAUGAUCUAACACUUAAUAACAUGACAAAUGCAGUAUCAGCUGAUCAAUUGCCAGGCAAUACAACUUCUGGAGUUGUAACAAGCAAUCAGCAACAGCAGCUGAUGUCUGCCAAUGGACAAGCCGUUGGCCCAAUCGAUCCAAAUGGAAUACCAUUAGAUCAAUUGAAACAGAUGCUAGCCACACAAUUGGAAUACUAUUUUUCAAGAGAAAAUUUGGCCAACGACACAUAUUUAUUGACGCAAAUGGACAGUGACCAGUAUGUUCCCAUUUGGACUGUGGCAAAUUUUAAUCUAGUUAAGAAACUGACAAAAGACAUUAAGCUGAUAACAGAGGUCCUUAGGGAGUCUCCAAACGUCCAGGUUGACGAAGAUGGCUUAAGAGUUCGUCCGAAUCAUAAACGAUGUAUUAUAAUUUUGCGAGAAAUCCCAGAUAAAACGCCGUUAGAAGAAGUUAAGAAUAUAUUCAACAAUGAAAAUUGUCCACGAGUAAUAUCGUGUGAAUUUGCACACAACGACUCGUGGUAUAUUACUUUUGAGUCCGAUGAAGAUGCUCAAAAAGCAUUUAAAUACCUGAGAGAGGAAGUCAAAACGUUCCAAGGAAAGCCAAUAAUGGCUAGAAUGAAGGCUAAACCUUUCAUCCAUCGGUUGCCCAUAGCGCCGGUUCCAGUGGCAAUGAAAAAUGGCUAUAGACUGACAUCACCAUCGGCUGUAUACGAUCCAAAUGCAGCAGUUGCAUACACGGCUCCACAACGUUUUGUAUAUGCUGCGAAUGGAGCUGCCAUGUCGCAAGCACCUGUUCCAUAUAAUGGCCAAGUCCAUGUUUUUCAGCCAUUUCAGCAGCAACAAUUUUACUCGGGUCUAGUCACUGCUGCUCCUUGGCCAACAGCGGCUGCUGCAGCGGUAGCAGCAGCCGCUACAAAUGCACACGGCCAAAACUUUUACGAUAUAGGAAAUGUAUUUGCUGCCAAUGGGCUGGCACCACAAGUUCCCCCAUACACGACAACGGCAGCGGCUGCAGCGGCCGCUGUAGCUGCCAAUUCGGUGUCCAAACCUCAAACAAAUCGUUACAACAAUCAUCGCAAUAGUAACAAUAACAAUCGAGGCAAACAACGCAAUAACUCACAACAGCAACAACAACAACAGCAGCAGCAACAACAACAACAGAUUGUUAGUGGUGGCAGCAGUGGUGGGCAAGAUCCUAGAGCUAGUUGUUUAAAUAAUGCUUCGGGGGCUAAUAUAGUCUCACCAAUCGAUCACCAUCAGCAACAGUCAGCUGUUCAACAGCAACACUUGCAACAGCAUCAAAUGCAACAGCAAAAUUCAGUGGUGACGACAGCUGGUGGUGGUGGUGGUGGGGGACAGCAACAGCAGCAGCAGCAAGGAAGCGGUGGAUCCCAGCAGCAACAGCAGCAGCCGAGACAUUAUACAAAUAUGAAAAAUAGUGGUGGCGGCGGCGGGGGCAAUAGUGCCAGCGGAACGGGUCCAAAGUCCAUGGACAAGAAUAAUUCCUAUGUUGGUGGUAGCGUUGGUGUUGGCAUGGCACACCUUCACAUAAGUUCUUCGUCACAACAGCAUCAUCACCAGCCAGCGAAUAGUAAUUCGUCAUCGACUGGCCAUCAUGCGGUCCCACAGCAUUUGCAACAGCAGCAGCAACAACCACCACAAUCCCAUUAUCAAAGUCAUGGUAUGCCUUCCACAACAAUACACGCUUCCUAUCCAUCGCAUCACCAUCAGCAGCAACAGCAGCAAGCGCCGGUUCAGCAGUCUCACAUAAGUGAUAAUCACCACGAUGAUGAUGGCAUGCCACAAGCCGCUAUUAUCUCGACACACAGUCGCAGUAUAACGAAUUCCACGACCAAAGAGCAGAACUGGGGUCAGCGGUUUCGUCGUAGACGGAGAGAUGACUCUGGAGACGGUGGCUACACAUCAAAUCCAAGGGUUUCCUCAUCCGGUGGUGGGAUUCUAUCGAGCAGCCAAUAUAACUCGACGUCCGGUCUGAUGGGCGGCUCUUCAAACCCAAACACCAAAAACAACUCUUCAGGAUCGUCGGGUGGUGGGCAACAGAGUGGAUAUAGCUAUCACAGCCGAAGCAGCGGCGAACAUCAUCAUCCUCAUCAUCAUUCAGCUGGUGGAAACUCAGGUGGAGGCUACAAUUCACAUCGUGAAGAUCGCCAAAAAUUAUCUGGCGGUCCGAGUGGUGGAAUGAAUAACCAAUCUCACCACAGCAACCAUCAUCAAUCACAUCAUCAUCACCAGCACCAUAGCCAGCAGCCAUUGCAGCAGCACCCGCCACAUCAACUACACUCCCAGCAUAGCGGUGGUGGAAAUAACGCGGGCGGCCAUCAGCAGCCACAUCAUCAUCAACACCAGCCGCCUCAUCAUCACCACCAGCAGUCGUCAUCACAGCAAUCCCAACAGCAGCAACAACAACAACAACCUCACAACGCAGCACCUCCACAACAACCACCACAAUUUGAUUUGGAAGCAGCGGCAUUUCCUCCCCUACCAGGUAUCGAACAAAAUUCACAAAGCUCAGCCAGCAGUACUCCACAGCAACCGACUGUUGCUUCUUUAACCCAUACACAUACUAACUUGAAAAAUAAUGCGAAUUUUCCUUCCUUACUUCCAUCGCCAGCCACGACGUCGUCCACAUCAUCAUUGAGUAGUAGUUCGAAGUCAGCUGCGUCGGCGUCGGCGGCGUCUAGUGCAAAUAGUUUGCACGAACCAUUGGGGGCUGCCAUCACUAACGCAGCUGCCUCUAAUUACUCCCAUCAAAGUUCUACAGCAGCUGCAGCUAACGUCGAUUCAAUUGGUCAUCAGCAAUCGAACGCUUUUCCAUCUUCUUCUUCUUCAGCGGCCAACAAUACUAACAGUUCUUCAAUUAGUUCCUCUUCAAACAGCAAUUGGUCUGAUUCGAAUCGCCUAUCUGAUGUGGUACGUGGCAACAGCAACAAAUCGAACAAAUCCCGAAAGGAUUCAUUCAAGAACCGGAACGAAAUCAGUCCACCGCCGGCGCAGGCUGCUGCUGCUGCUAGUGCUGUUGUAGAUAGUGCGCUACUGGAUCUGGAAAGGCAACCACAGAAAACUAUCACGCCUGCAGCUGUAGUAGCAACUAUUGGCGCUACAACAACAACUAAUACAAAUAAUCAUCCUCCCACUGUGAUAAAGUGUCUAACACAUUCUAAUUCUAUAACGACGGCCACAGCCAACACCACCAACAAUACAACCAGCAGCAGCAGCGGCAACAACAGCAUCACCAACGUUAGCAACAAAAUCCUUAAUAGUAAUUCUAGUACAGCUGAUAAAGCAACAAAGACUGAUGAGUCGCUGUUAAGCCACUGUUUGGAACAGCAACAGCAGGCUGGUGGACUUGGCGGACUUCAAAACGAUGUUACUGGAACCAUGAACAAUGCUCAAACAACGCAUGUUGUAAAUACAUGCAGUGUUGCCACAAUGACCUCGUCCUACGAAGGUGUUAAGUCCAACAAUAAGUUCUCCAGCGGAGGAGGUUCGGUCGCCGUCGCCACCAAACAGGGAUUUAGUUCAACUACAGUGCCCCCAAAGGAUGCUACUAGCCAAAAGCUGAAGUCAAUUUCAUCUACCUCCUCGAGCAGCAGCAACAGUAACAGCAGCGCUGUGCCUGCCCUCUCAACUUCAUCGACGGUAGCUGUGCAAAUAAUACCAUCUAUAAGUGGUGGUGGACCCAAUGCUGCUGCAGCACUGCCAUCGUCCUCGCCAGUGAAUACUUUAUUGCCUGAAUCGGCUGGUGGUCGAUUGAGCUACGCUCAAGUAGCACAACAUCACAAAGAGAGGCUAGCCAAAGAAGGCAAAACUCCAGCCGCUAACAAUAUUCCCGCAGAUAUUGGGAAGUCAUCAUCUGUGAUUGAAACUUGUCUGGCGACGGUGCCCGCAACGACACCGUCCACCAUUCCAACUUCUGCUACUGCCCCUGGUGCUGCACAACCACUAUCACCAGCAUUGUCGUCCUCUGCACUAAGUAUUAGCUGCGGUAGCAAUAGUUUGGAGAUAAUUCCUCCCGAUAACAACAAUACAAUCAUUGGCAAGGAAAAGAAAAAGGACUAUCCUACUGCUGCUGCAACCUUAGCAACAACCACUCUCAACAACACCGCAAACGUUGUUAUGGUCACAAAUUCAAACAGUGCUGGUGUGAUACGUGCCACCGAUGGCACCAAAGAUAAGGACUUGCCAAUGCUCCGUCACAAUAAUUCGAGCGCUGGUACAACAACAAUACGCGGCCGUGAAGUAGUCAACAAGGAACACCAAAAGAAUUAUAUCCGUGAGAGACGUGAUACUGGCGACAGCGGCAGCGGAGCUGCUGGUAGUAUUUCUCGUCGCACUGCCUCCACCCGCAAUAAUAAUAACAAUAACAACAAUUAGAAUUUGAUUGCAACAUUUCAGAAGUUUUGGAUUGUCGUUAUCAUAGUUAUUGUUAUAGUUUUGGAAUAUAAUCGUCUGAUAAGUGUUGUUGUUUGGGGAGAAGAAAAAUGAUCUGAAAUGUUUGCGAGCGCGCCACUAUAUAGUUGUUUAGGACACAUAACACAUACACACGUAUAAAAUACACUCACUCAAAAACAAAAAGCAGAAACAAAAAGUAUAAAAAAACACACGUCUAUCCACAUCAACACUCGUCAAUAUAUAUGUUUUUAAGGAUAUAAGUAGUGUACAGAGAAGAAAAAUACUUAUUUUCUCUUUCUUCGUUGUUCGUUCUUCAAUCGACCGACCGACACACAAGGCUAGCUGAAAGACUACAGAAUGCAAAAUCAGCUUAAACUAAUCAACUUCGUUUGUUAUACCAGUCAUCGCGAAUAAACUCGAUUUGUUUUUCUAAACAGGAACAAAACAAAAAAAUAUAUAUUUAUAUGUAAGUACCAAUUAAGGUAGUUAGGUUUAAAUAAAUUAAAGGUGUAUAUUUAGUAACUCUAGGAAUUAAUCAAUGUAAGGUAAACAAACAAACAAAAUUAAUUUAAACUAACAAACAACAAAAAAAAAAAUAGCUUAACAAAAAUUAAAUACUUAAACGAUUUAGCUAUAACAUAAUAUAUAUGAAAUAAAUGGUUAUUAUAAAAAUAUAUAUACAUAUAUAAACAUAUGUAUGUAUAGCAUCGGUAAAGAAACAAAAACAAAAACGCGAACAAACAUUCUGUCGCUUCCAGAAAACAAAAAAAAAAAACAACAAGAACCUUAUUGUGUAAAAAUGUGUCCAAUUUGAAAAUCUGUACACGCUGUUAUUAGAUUACUGUCGUCAAUAAACAAAAAGGCUAUGUUUAACUAAUUAAAUUAUUUGCACAACUUAAUGUUAACAAAAUCUUUCCUUUUUAAUAAUUUAACCCAUUUUAUUUUGUUUAAAUUCGAAAACGACUUUUUGUUUUUUUUUAUAUUCCAAAAAAAGGCUUAAAACUUCUUUUUAAUGAAUUAACUUUCUAUCAGAUACAAACUGCUAACUUUAUUUAAUUGACAUCGAACUGUUUCUUUUUCUAUUAUAUACGAUUGAAGUCUUCGAUUCCAACUUUAAAAAAAAAAUAUAUAUAUCAAAAAAUCAUAAAAAGUGCCAUAAAAUUAUUCUUUUACUAAGAGUGGAAAAAUUGAAAAAAAAAAAUAGGAAAAGUUUUUUGUUUCCUUAAUUUACUGAUUUAAGAAAAAUCCAUAAGUGAAAACUUGUAAUUUUCCAAUCUUUUGUCAAAAAACACAAUUUUCUUUUGGAAAAAUUGGUUACAUUACUUUUUUUUAUCUACCCUGUGAUUCUAGUUACUUUCCCCCUUAUUUUUUGUUUUGUUUAUCUCUUUGUAAAUAUUUCUAAAUAAUUCGAUACACACACAUAAUAAUAUAUAUUCAAAGUAUAUUUAUCUAAUACUUCAUCAUAAUAUUAAAACAAAAAUUUAAAAAAAAAUAUAUUAAUAUAUAAACAAAUAUAACAUAUAUUUCAACAAAAACAACAACUAACAACUAUAACAAUGUAUAUCACAAUAACAUCAUCAUUUUAAAAAAACAUUCUCAUAAAAUGUUAUGGACUUAAAGUAUGAAGAAUAUUGAAAAUGAUACGAAUUAAGUUUUUGCGUUUUUUUUUUUCUUCUUGUUUUCUAAAUUUAAAUUAUUCUUUUGUUAAUUUUUUAAAAAUAUAUACAAAUCAAUUAAAUACGUUGUAAUUGUGAUGAAGAUUUAAAAUUAAAAAAUAUAAAUUUUGUUUUUGUUUUUUAUAUAAAAUAUGACGUGGGUGCGUGGUGCCUAGAUUUAAUUAUUUUUAAUUUUUGAGUGGAUCGUCUAAAUAUUUCGUUAGUUUUCUAAGUAAAAAUUUUCUUAUUAACUAAUUUUUUUAUCAUGUUUAAAUACAAUAUCGGAAGUUGAAACGCACUGUUUUCGCUUGUGUAUUAAUACUUUUGAUUUUGUCUCCUCUUAUGAUGUAGGUUCCAUUUCAUAAUUAACUAUAAUGUUUAAGGAUGUUUCUGAUUGUGGUUUUGAACUAUCUUCAUUUGUUUUAAAUCCCUACGGAGAUUACUUAUUUUUGUGUCGUUUUUGACAAAUUAACUCGGUUGAAAUUCUGAUAUAAUGAUGUGUAAAAAUUGAGAGUUAUACGCUAGACGCUAGGUAAUAUAUUCAAUUAUUGCAUACUUGGGAAAUCUAUCUGUAAUCACCCGUCUGUCGAAACUACCAAGAUCUGUUAGCUAUCCAUUAUGCGACUUUUCUUGUCUGUCUGUACUCGGAAGAUUUCCUCCUUGUAUUGAACUCAUUCUGCUAGUGUAAUUUUCUAGCUAAUAUAUAAUCAUGCCUUUAAAACUCAAUAGAACACAGUUGAAAUUAUUUGUUUGUUUUAAAUUAAACUAAAUUAAUGCCUCGUCAUAUUUCCACUUAAAAGACAUUUAAAACUUUUUUUCGGAACGCGUUGUGUUCCAUCGCUUUCUCUUUAGUAUAUAUUUCUUAUUUUUUUCUUUUAAAUUGUCUUGAAAGUAAACCCUUUAGUUUAUGUUUUCCGUAGAUCUUGAUUCAAAAGAUAGGUUUUUAAAAUUCAACUCAAGAUGAGAUUAAGUUUUGAAAAAAAAAAGAAUGUUAAAUUUGUAGGAGACCAAAAGUAGAACAAGUAAAACAAGUAGUUAAAAACAUACUUAUUAAGCAUAGCACCAAAAACUAAUCUCAUUUCGGAGCAAAAGUUUUCUUGGAAAAUUAAUUUAAUAAGCAAAGGAAAGGUUCUAUCCUUAAUCAUUACUUUUUCAUCAUCAUUUAAAUCAUUUUUAUAUUUAAACUUAUUUCAAUUUGUGUUGUUUUUAAAAAAAAAAAAACCUAUCAGAAAUAUAAAAAUCAUAAAUCACAGCAUACAUUUUUUCAAUUCUUUAAUGAUUAUGAUCUUCUAAAAACGAACAAAAAAUCAUACAAUCUCAUUAUUUAAAGCUUUUCUUUUUACAAUGUUCUCCCGAUUCUUGAAGUUUAAAACCCUCUUAUAAUCCCUGUUCUUAGCAGCUAUAUUUGGUAUUGAAUCGAUCCUAAACAAUUAAGGAGUAAAACAAUUAUUUCCUGUUAUUGAAUUUUUGAUUCAAUAUUCAAAAACAAUGAAACCAUUCGAAUAGCUUCUAGAAAAACAGAAUGGAUUUUCCAAAACUAAAAAGGCUUCAAUAACUUUUGCACUCGCAGUCUCAAACCUCAUGUCAUAAGAUCAUAAAUGUUAUUUCACGUAUAAUCAUUUAAACUUAAAUAUCUUCUUCACAAUAUAAAAAAAGCAUUUUACUCUGUAAAACGAACAAAUUAAAAAAUAAAAAAAUAAAAUUCAAUAUCAAUAUAUUUCUUUGUUUAAAAUAUUCAUCAUAAAUUCGACAAAAAUGAAAACUCUUAUAAGGACUUGUAAAUAAAUAUAAUAAUUAUAUUGCUUUAAGACACUUAAAAAUAUAUAUUAUAUAAUUAAACUUAAAGAUUGCAUUGAAAUAUAUAUACAUAUAUAAAAUAAUAUACAUAUUACAACAAAUAAUAAUAUAUGAAUCCUAAGAUAGAAUAUGAAAAAUUAAAAACAAACAAAAAAAAUUAAAUUAUUUAUAAGCAAAAUUAAUAAAAAUAAAACACAACAGAACAAAAAAAAAUAAUUUAAUGGAAGAUUUAUGAAAUAUAUAAGUAAAUUUUUAAUGCUAAAAGUAAAAGUGCCUCUAAAUAUUAAAAAAGUCAUUAAUUAAUUUAAAAAUUGAUAUUUAAGUUUUUCGUUUCGAAUUUUCGAACUUUUUUUUUUUUUUUUUUGUUAAUCUUAAAUUUAAAUUUCAUUAACCAAAAUAUUUUUUUUCUUAUUUUGGUGUUAAAUACAUUUAAUAUACCUAUAAUUAAUAUAAUUUUACUCCUGUAAUGUGAAUAUAUUCUAGAAAUUGCAAAAUAAAAACGAAAAGCAACCAAUUAAAAAAGAAAACAAAACAAAAAAAA